AUACAUCAUCUCUUUCAUUAUAAGAAUCAAUCUUAUCAUCCGUCUGCUUUUCGUGAUUAGUACUACCACCAUUUUUUUUCUGCUUCAUUAUUACUGAAUAUAAAUAUAGUGUGAGAUACACACACACUCUCUCUCUCAUCUUUCUCUCUCUAGUUUUCUUUACUUGGAGAAGUGGCAGUAUUGUAAUUUUCGUCUCUGUAUGAUAAACAAUAAUAAUAAAUUAAUUUCCUGGAUCUGAUUGUGGUAAAAUCACUUUUUGAGGUGAUCAAAAUGGGGAAAGCUGGCAGAGAUUGGACGCAGAUCUACGCCAUCUACGGCGUCGACGAGUGGCAAACGCCGCUGUUCCUCCUCCUCCACGCCGUCGCCUUCUCAAUUCUCUCCGUCGUCUUCCUCAUCUACUUCGAGCCAAUUUGCUUCCUCCUGCACCACCGCUUCCUCGCCGCCCCCGCCGCCGCCCGCUUCGCCGCCGGUUUCACCGGCUCCGUCACCGCCAUCUCCGCCGUCUGCCUCUUCUUCGCGGCGGCGAACUUCUUCUACUCCGCCGUCGCGCUCCACUGGGAGAUGUCGCAGCGCAUCGUCUCCUCCGUCAAUGACUGGUCCUCCGUGAAACACGCACUCGACCUCGGCUGCGGCCGCGGCAUCCUCCUCAACGCCGUCGCGCUCCAGCUCAAAAAAUCCGGAUCCUCCGGCAGAGUCGUCGGGCUUAACCCGACCCAAACCCGAAACAUUACCCUCAGCCCGAACCACACACUCAGAACCGCUGCUCUCGAGGGCGUUCAGAAGUACGUCACUUGCAGGCCCGGCGACCCAAGGACGCUGCCGUUCAGCGACGGAUACUUCGACGUGGUGGUGUCGGCAGUAUUCGUGCACACGGUGGGGAAGGAGUUCGGGCAGAAGACCGCCGCGGCGGCGGCAGAGAGGAUGAGAGUGCUGGGGGAGGUGGUGCGGGUGCUGAAGCCCGGCGGCGUCGCGGUGGUGUGGGACUUGGUCCACGCGCCGGAGUACGUGCAGCGAUUGAACGAGCUGAGGAUGGAGGAUAUCAGGGUGUCGGAGCGCGUGACGGCGUUCAUGGCCGGCAGCCACAUCGUCUCCUUCCGGAAGCCACGUCAGCACUACGUGGGCCCCGGUGAAGUGAGACUGGAUUGGAGAUUCAACAACCUCUGUUGACAUUAAAUUGAUUUUUAAAAUUGAGAGAGAAAAUAUUUUGAUUUUCUUUUUUUAAAUUAAAUUAAAAAAAAAAAGAAAAAAGAAAAUCGGAAUUAUGGAUAAGAUAAAAUGGAUUUUUAAUUUUUGUUUUUUACUGAUAAAAAAUGGAAAUUGUCUGGGGAUACGAAGUGGAACCAGAUAUACAUUUUGUAAGAGGGAGGAAUUAUUACUGUAUUAAAUAUGUACUUUUUUUUUUUUUUUUU